CUCUCCUGGCGCGGGACUCGGCGCGGGUCAUGGCUGCUGUUUCCGUCGUGUCCACGUUGGCCACCCGGCUGCUCCGGCCCGCGCAGAGCUGCCGUCUCCAUCAUCGCCCCUUCCACCUCUCGGUAGUUCGAAAUGAAGCUGUCGUCAUCUCUGGAAGGAAACUUGCCCAGCAGAUCAAGCAGGAAGUGCGGCAGGAGGUGGAAGAAUGGGUGGCGUCGGGCAACAAGCGGCCGCACCUGAGCGUGGUGCUGGUGGGCGAGAAUCCUGCAAGUCAUUCCUACGUCCUCAACAAGACCCGGGCAGCUGCAGAAGUGGGAAUCAACAGUGAGACAAUUGUGAAACCAGCUUCAGUUUCAGAGGAAGAACUGUUGAAUUUAAUCAAUAAACUAAAUAACGAUGAUGAUGUAGAUGGCCUCCUUGUUCAGCUGCCUCUUCCAGAGCACAUCGACGAGCGGAAAAUCUGCAACGCUGUUUCCCCAGACAAGGAUGUGGAUGGCUUUCACGUAAUUAACGUAGGGAGAAUGUGUCUGGACCAGUACUCCAUGUUACCAGCUACGCCAUGGGGUGUCUGGGAAAUAAUUAAGCGAACUGGCAUUCCAACCCUAGGGAAGAAUGUGGUUGUGGCUGGGAGGUCAAAAAAUGUUGGAAUGCCCAUUGCAAUGCUGCUGCACACAGAUGGGGCACACGAACGCCCUGGAGGUGAUGCCACUGUUACAAUAUCUCAUCGACACACUCCCAAAGAGCAACUGAAGAAACAUACAGUUCUUGCCGACAUCGUGAUUUCUGCUGCAGGCAUUCCAAAUCUGAUCACAGCAGAUAUGAUCAAGGAGGGAGCUGCAGUCAUCGAUGUGGGAAUAAAUAGAGUUCAAGAUCCCAUCACUGCUAAACCCAAGUUAGUUGGAGAUGUGGAUUUUGAAGGAGUCAGAAAGAAAGCUGGUUACAUCACUCCAGUCCCGGGGGGUGUUGGUCCCAUGACUGUGGCAAUGCUGAUGAAGAAUACCAUUAUUGCUGCAAAGAAGGUGCUGAGGCUUGAAGAUCAGGAAGUAUUGAAGCCCAAGGAGCGUGGAGUAGCAACUAGUUAACUGUUGCAUCUUCUGUCACAAACAUCACUCCAAGCCAGUCCAAGAGGCAAAACAGGCCAAUAGAAAUGCAAUAUUUUUUAUUUAUUUUACUGAAAUGGUUUAAAAUGAUGCUUUGUAUUUAUUGAAAGCUGAACUGGGUGGGCGUCUGUGUGUGUGGCUCUGCCGUACCUCACCACAGAGCAAGCCGGCCUCCGGCUAGGUCGUCAGAGCCGGCCAAGAGAAGCACUUCACCUGGUGACAAACGGGGAGGACAUCGCCCCAUUAAGAUUGGGUGCUUAACUUUGUCAGGCCACUUCAGUUAAAAUUUGCCUUUUCUAGGAUUGCAUUUCCCAAGUGCUAUUCCAAUAAAAGUUGAUACUCACUUUAGGUUCCAAACCUUUUGAGUUCAACUAGUCAAACCAAAGGAAAAAUGUUGCUAGAGAAAAUUAGGGAAAAAGUUAAAAGGAAGAAAUGAUAAUUGAAUAGAAAAAAAAUUACUGUAAUUUACAUACCUAUAGUAUGUAAAACUACAUGUGAAUGGUGUCCUGAGUUGUCAUUCCGUGGCUUAGUCAUUGGGAAAAUAUUUAGGGGUAGUUCCAUGUGCUGUCAGUCCUCAUCCUAUGUGUGUUUAUUCAUGAGGCUUUCCCAUGUUCCUCUAAGGUUUAAAGACUUAUUUUAUAGAUUA